AAAUCCUCCGUCAAUGACUUUUAAUCACAAAACAAGUCCUAAGAUAAAAAUUAAUUAAUAUUAUAAUAAUUAUAUUCAGAUUGGGAUAGUCAGAAGUUUCGCUUUAAAUCUAACUAGUCGGACUAGUCGGUUUCUUCAGAGUUCAGAGGUUACAAAAUAAAAAAUGUGGUACGAAGCUUUGCCGCCGGCAGUCAUUGUAUUCGUUUUAUUGAAUAUUCCAGACAAAGUAUGCUCGUUUACUAACAAAUUGGCCUUAGGAAACAAAUUCCGACGUGAUAUUGGUACACCAUGGAUUCAAAGAUAUUAUACAAGAGACUGGGAACUUACUGGUCAUCCAUACAAAACACAAGGACUUGAAGCAUUGCCAGAUGAACCAAAUACUUCUGGAAUCAACUGGCAGAAAUUUAUCCGAAACUCUAAAUAAUAUUAUACAAAUUGAUAGUUAACAUACAUGAUGUUAUUAUGGCUGAAAUUGUAGGUAUCUACACAUUAGUAUACAAUUGUGUUAUUAAAAAUGUAUAUUAAACUACUACCCUUGCAGAUUUUUAAAACAGUUUUAAAAGUUGUAAUUAUAAUAAAACACCAAACUAGGAUUAAAACAUAAUAUAUUUGACAUGUUUCAAAAUUGUAA